AUGGUCGAGGUCAAGUUGGCCAAGUCGACGGAUAUCUCCGAAAUUCAAAUGGCGCUUUGGUCACCUUUCCAACUCACAUCCUCGGUGACUUUCCGUGACGGCGACACUCGGAACAAUGGAUCUUGCUCAUUGUUUGCAUCCUUGCCACCACACAACAAAGGGACUCGUGCAUCUCAGUUCUGCGAUCAGUUCACACAAUGUGAGAGAACAAGAAGAAACGCAGAUCCAGAAAAUUCUCAUCCGCCACGGGGUUGCAACCAUCCUUCCGUUGCCAUUCGAGGAAUCUUCGGAACGACACCUGCAAGGCAUCCGUCUACCGCGCUCAACAUGUCCAGCGAUGAUGUAGAUGCCAAGGUCAUGGGGCCAACCUUGGAGAUCGACGAUUCCUGCCGCAGUGGCUUCGGAAAGCUGCCGACAGAGCUUCUAUUCCACAUCAUUCGUCUGGCUGCGUCAACCGAUCACAAGACUGCGCACGCCUGCGCCUACGUUUCCAAGCUCGUCUGCAGAUGGACCGCUCCCGAUCGCUGGAGAACCAUCAUUUGCACCGAUGGCAAUCAGUUUGAUGCCCUUUGGUUUCUCUUGGAGGUUCACCUCACGACACCCGCAACCGAUCCGCCCAACGAUGUCAAACGUUUCACAUCUCUGCCCAGCCUUCAGCCAGGCGCUUUCGUCGAGAGCCUCUUCAUCGACACGAGCGACGCGGCAUAUACACUGGCGGAUAUUCUGGCUGAGCAGGAAGACACGGUGCUAUGUAUGGCAGCCUCCUGUCCACGCCUGACCUCGCAGAGUAAAUUGAUCUGCGGCGAAGGUCACCGACCUCACGAGGUCCAGGACAUACUCCGACACUUUCCCUUCGUCAACUACUUGGCUCUCGGCCACAUGGAAGCUCAAAAUCUCAGACUCGACACGAUCUCUCCGGUCAAGAUGCUAUGCACAGCUGCGAAUGAGGGUCCCUUGAUACACACAAUCGAUCAAAUGGGUCCUUACCUCAGCAACGAUUUCGAGGAUCCGCCGUACGUCGAUGACGCCCUCUGGCGCGCAGACGGUUCGCGGAUCUGGAAGCCGUCCCUCGAAUCGUUUCGAAGACGGCUCAAUUCUGUUCAUUUCGUCGCUAUCGAUCUCACCAACAAGAUCUCGGGCGUCACGAUGCCAAUUCAAGCGAUCGAGACACUGCGCUCGGGAAGCUUUGGAAAUUUCUCGUUCGUUCGGCGCAUCGCCGAUCACCAGGCUGGUGGCCCUCCACCACGCCUCAGUCUGGCUGAUCAGGAAGACGCCCUGGCGUCGGAGUGGUACAUCUGGCCGGCCGAAGAUAGGAAGGGAGGACGUCGGUAUACUCGAGGAAGUGAUCCUCCCUUAGCGUCGUCAUCAGCACGCCUGAGGACAGAAAAGACACAGAAUUUGGAGGCCGACGAGGAGCACGGUCUGCAUCCUUUCGACAACGAGUACAGUCGUAUCAGCUCCAAGUCUUGGAAUGCCUUCCAUCAGGGCGUGACUAAGAUUCGAUACGAUACUCGCAAGUUUGCGUUCCGCCCCUGCGAGAUCACCGCGAGUCGCCUCAAGCCUUUCUUCGAAGAGCUGACGACAACCGGGGUGGAGUCAACGGAAAUGAACGGGGAUGAAGGGAACGCAUCAACGUCAUCUUUUACACACAGCGGACCCCGUCAUGCAGCACCCCACAGGGGCGCCGGCCACUAUUCCAAGCCUGAUCCGGGUAGUCAGUCCGGUCGCACGAACUUGACAGCGAAACAAGCCGCAUUGAACACAUUUGGCUGCAACAAGUUUGAAACGCUUCACCUCUGUUGGGAUCCAGUCCCUGGAACCGACGACAACGGAGGGACGACAGCCUUACAGAGAAGCAGCGAUGCUCAGACCUCGUCAACUUUCCCCGGCGCCGGAGGGGACGCAGACUGGCCUGUGGAAAGACAAGACAUCUGGACCAACACACUGUCACAAAACAACGAAGCGCAAGCUCCCCCGCCACACACGCUCCAGAACGGCUCUACCAGAGCUACAUCCUCACGGAGCAUCGCCUCGCCUCCUCCCGCUAUCGCAACCACACAGCGAGCAUCCUGGGCCAUCCCCAGCAGCAUCGAAUCCAAGCAGUCGAAAAACUUCCGCGCCGACCUCAUCGACUCGAUCCGAACCACCAUCGGCUGGACGCGCCAGGACCAACAGCUGCUUAGCGACACCCCCCUUCUCUCCAACCCAUCCGAUGUCCUGCGACGCUUCGGUGGCGAUCAAGCGCGCUACUCUCGCUUCGAAAACAUCGUCACCGAAAUCGCCCUCCAACAGAACAGCAUUGCUGCACAGACCGCGUUUGACGCCGAAUCCGUCGCACGCGUAGCACCGGAUCACGAAAAGCUGACGACGCGCCUCGUGCCGCCUGCGGAACGACUCAGGUUGGGCGGCAUGUAUGUUCCCUACACCAAGCAGCAGCGUGUCAGCUGGUUUCUGGCCAACUUGGAUACGGACGAUGCGUAG